UUUACUCAUUCAAACAAUUUUUAAUAAAUAAUAAUUUUUUAAGAUUUUUCAAUAUUAUGCCCAUAUUAUUAAAUACAUCGCAGCCAUGAAAAAGAAGACAAAUGAAAGGCCACGGAAAUUGUGAAGCGCUCGCGCAGUAAAAAAAUCCAAUACAUACGACAUGAAACUUAUAAACAGACGAAUACAUGGAAAGUUUGACGAUCAAAAAGUAAGAAGAAGUCUACUAGUUCAUCGCAUAUUCGAUAUAGGCGCAGUAAAUAACAUUAUCAAAAUUUCUUCUGAAUAAUAAAAUCCAAAUGAAAACAUAGGAAAACAAACGGGUUAAAAGGAAACUGUGAAUUGAAAUUAAAACGAUAUAGUAAUCAACAAUAUAAAUCAACAACUAUCAUACAGAAAAGCUUAAUAAUUCAGCGAUUAUACCAAAAAUCAAGAGACGAUAAAACAAGCCAAAUUUGUGUUGUUUUUUUUUUAAAUACAUAGAAACAAUGUAGUGUUUUUGUUAUACUGCCAAUCGUUAUUAGAACGUAUGAUGAGCCUAUAGAUGGAAAAGCAACAAUACUUGGUAAUGAUUAUAGAGUAUAAAUGAGAAGACAUCCUUAAAUAUAUAAAAACGGAGUUGUGUUGAAAGGAUUACAAAGUUUCCACAAAAAGUUAAAAGGCAUAUUAAAACUUAAGGCUAAGGAAGCAAAGAAAAAAGAAAAGAAAAACCAAUAAUCAUAAUAAUGUUAUCGCAAGUUCACUGCACUUAUUGGAGGAAAACAAGAAGAAUUUAAAGUGAGUGGCAGAUAAAGAACGUGCGAAAAUGUCGCAGCGGGGAAAACGACAAAGUCGUUUGGACAACGAUGAUCCGCCGCCGACAAAAAAACGAAAAGGACGUCCUCCAGCCAAUAAAUCUAAUUCAGCCAAUUUAGGUAACGGCAAUUCGAUGCAUCCUAAUAUAGAGAGUCCUCAAAACGGUUCAACGAUGUCACCAUCAACAACAACGUCAUCUGCAUGGCAAGCUCGAUCAUUAAGUGAUCUAAAGUUAUCGACUAUAUACAAUCGUAGUGCAGCAGAGCCACCAGCUGAGUUAUUUCGAAAAGAUUUAAUCAGUGCCAUGAAAUUACCAGAUUCUGAGCCAUUGGCCUCUGAUGAAUAUUGGGUAAUUACAGAUCAAUGGAAGCAAGAAUGGGAACGCGGAGUUCAAGUUCCAGUUAGUCCUGAUUCAUUGCCAGAACCGACAGUACUAGCUAAGCAACAAGAAUCUUUUUAUACAGGUCGACAGGAUUUCAAAUUACCCAAAAACAAAUUCAUACGCAUAACGAAAGAUGAAAACUUUUCAUCGGAUUUACAUUAUUUAUCCAAUACACCCGCAAUGGCAAAAGCAUCAUGCUCAUACGAUCUCGACCCAGUUGAUGAAGCAUGGUUAAAUAUAUUGAAUGGAGAACGCACCAUGGCUGGACAUUCAGCUGUGACAGAAGAGCAAUUUGAACGCGUUAUUGAGGAACUAGAGAUUGUGUGCUGGGAUAAAAUCCAGGCUAUCAUCAAAACUGAAGAAGGAUUGGGCAUUGAAUACGAUGAAAAUGUGAUAUGCGAUGUAUGUCGCUCGCCAGAUUCAGAAGAAGCAAAUGAAAUGGUGUUCUGUGAUAGUUGUAACAUUUGUGUACAUCAGGCUUGCUAUGGUAUUACAACUAUACCAUCAGGUCAAUGGUUGUGUCGUACUUGUUCUAUGGGUCAAAGACCUGACUGUGUGUUAUGUCCAAACAAAGGUGGCGCUAUGAAAUCGGCUCGUUCAGGUCAAAAAUGGGCGCAUGUCUCAUGUGCAUUAUGGAUACCGGAAGUGAGCAUAGGCUCUGUAGAUCGAAUGGAACCAAUUACAAAAAUCUCAAGCAUUCCACAAUCACGAUGGGCUCUAAUUUGUGUAUUGUGUCGAGAACGAGUAGGUGCAUGCAUCCAAUGCUCCGUAAAACCAUGCAAGACCGCAUAUCAUGUAACGUGUGCAUUUCAACACGGGCUGGAAAUGCGUGCCAUUAUUGAAGAUGAAAAUGCUGAAGAUGGUGUUAAAUUAAAAUCAUACUGUUUAAAGCAUAGCGUGAAUAAGAACAAUAGCAAAAAGAAGGAAAAAUGCAUAACACAUUCAAAUACUGGUGGCUCGGGCACGGAAGAUGAUGAUACAAACAAACGCAAAAAGCGAAAGGAUAUGACAACAGAAGAACGAAAUAUGGCACGUGCCAAACGGCUUCAAGAAAUAGAAGCCGAAUUUGAUAAACAUGUUAGCAUUAAAGAUAUUAACUGCACCAUCCUUGAAGUGGACCAAGAAGCAAUCAACUACGUAUAUAAUUACUGGAUAUUAAAGCGGAAAGCAGCAAACAAUCGACCUUUAUUACCACCAAAGUCAGAAGAUGCUGAUAUGAUUGCCCACAAACAAGAACAGGCCGACAAUGAAAAAAUGAAAAUGUUUGUACAUUUACGACAAGAUUUGGAGAGAGUACGUAAUUUGUGCUACAUGGUAAGCCGACGUGAGAAACUCAGUCGGUCGUUCUUUAAAAUGCGUGAACAAACAUUUUAUAGGCAAACUUCUGUAUUAGAUGAGUUAAAUACGAAAAAUAUAGAUAAUUCACUGCUAACAGCAAUUGUUGAAGCCAAUCAUGGUCCUUCAAUGUAUGAUAGACUUUAUUCUAGUGAAUCAAUUGGUGCAAAUAUAUCAAUAAAUCUCGAGGAAAUGAUUUCAACAUUGACCGGCGCUCUGUCAACAAAAUCGACUUCAACAACGACGCCUGCUAGCGGUAAAACACAAAAUGAAAACAACCAAAAACGAUCGCAAAAAACGGAUCUUAAUGGAAUUAACAAAGUCAAAAAGAACGCACAAAAGAAUCAGUAUGCAGACAAUCAUUUCAAUCGUAUGUAUAUAAACGGUACAUCGACAGAUAAACCUUCAUCCAAAAUAUACGAUAGCAGCUUAUCAAGUAGCAGUGAAUCAGCACAAGGGCUACGGUCAUCAAGCGAAGACAACAUUCAAUCGCACUCAAGGCGAAGGAAUGUUUCUCCAAAUAAAAAGAAGUCUGUAUUAUCAGUCCGGCCCUUUGAAACAAGGGUUUCAACAGAGAAAAAGAAGCGUCGAACGAGUACCACACUCGCCAUGCGAAAACAAAAAUCAUUCGAGAGUUCCAGUGAAGAUGAUGAAGAGCAAAAGGUUCGCUCAAGAAGACGAUCGAAAGAUUUUGGUUCGAGCGCUGACACCGAUACAAACUCUAGGACUUCAGAGAAACGGUCUCCAAAAAGUCGUUUGUUGCGGCAAAUGGAAAGAGAGCUUGCAAAAGAAAAACUGUCCGGUUCUGAGAGUGAUGAACUUGUUCCAAUUUGUAGCAGUAUUGGCGCCUCUGGUUCCUUGAAUAGUAACUUCGCUAAAAAACUUUCGGCGUCGAUUUAUUCCGACAGCGAUAGCACGGAUAAAGAUAAAACUGAUAAUACAGCAAGUGAUUCUCAAAAUCAUACAUUCCGAACAAAAGCAGCUGUUAAAGAGUUCAAUUCUCAUCAUAAUUCUGCAACCGCUAAAACUCGAAAUAUUAAAGAUAGCAUCAGUAUGACAACGAAUGAAACGAAAGAAAAGGCACGACUAGAAAUUGAAAAAGAUCGACUUCAUGACUGCCUUGAACAAGGUCAAUCGAAGGGUCGUAAGGAAAGGGCACAAAAAGAACGACAGGAUAAAACAGGCAAAUUAUUAAAAGAAAAAACUCGUGAGAAAUUGGAAAAAGAACGACUUCAAUAUGAAAAAGUCGAAAAAGAAAAAUUGGCCAAAAUUGAGCACGAUCGCAUUCAAAAGGAAGCAGCCGAGAAAGAACGCAUUGAAAGACUGCAAGAUAACAAGUUUGAUAAAUUAUCUAAAGAAAAAAAGAAACGAAAAGAUGUAUCGAAAGAAUUCCCAACUGAUUUGCUUGUUGUACCUCAAAGACAGGCAGCCAAGAAAGCAUCUGAAAAUAUGAUGCGUACACAAGUCAUUGGAUCAAAGAAGGAGCAAACGAAAGAUGAAGAUAAGAAGGAAUUGCAGAAAGAACUAAGUAAAAAUAAGGAUCGCCAGGAUUUAUCCAAAGAUUCGGGCAAAGAAAUUGCAAUGAAACAGAAGAAUAAAGUAUCGAAAGCAACUAAUAAUAAAUCCAUGACGUUGAUAGAGUUGACAUCACCAUUAGCUGAACCUUUAAAAGAAAAGGACAUAAAAUCUAAAAAGGCUGAAAAAUUAGACAAAGACAUAAUAGUUGCAUAUGUGCCACAACGACAGGCCGCAAAAAAAGCCGCUGAACAUAUUAAAGGGCUAGGAAAAGUUGUGACGUCAGAUGCUACAAGCACAGUUACACUUUCAGAAGAUAAACCCUUGUCACUCACACCAAGUACAAAAUCAAUACCACCAUCUAUACCCAAUAAAUCCAAUAUUCUUUCUUCACCAAAGCUAUCGAGCUCGUCUUCAUCCAGCUCAAGUUCAAGCUCUUCAUCUGGUAGUACUGGUUCUUCGUCCUCAUCAAGCGAUUCAGAUGAUGAUUCAGAAGGCGAUAAAAAAGGUUCGCCCUUUCUUAACAAGGGAUCGAAAUCCUCAAGUACAGCCUCUUCUGACGAAUCAUCCAGUAGUGAUUCCGAAUCAAGUGAAUCGAGCUCCGAUGAUGAAACGAGUCAUAGUGCCCCUAGAAAGAAUUCAGUCGUCACACCGGCCAAACCAAAAAGCACCAACAUGUCAAACAAGCGAAAAGAUACUAUCGAUAAAAAAGCCAACAGUGCCGUGCUUCCCGCAUCACCUAAAAGAGAGGAAUCGAUUAGAUCACCAACGAGUAAAGCCUUUGGGAGAACUGGAAAAGGCUUACCAAACGAUAGACAUGAAUGUUCUGACAACCAAUCGGGAACUUUGGUUAAGAGUUCCAUCAAAUCAACUCUGUCCCCAACCAAAACAGCUCCCAAGAAUGAAAAAAGUUUCAGACGUAUUAUUGAAGAAAAACAGAGUAGAAUUACAACCAACUCUCUCCCAGAAAAGCCAGCCAAAUUACCAGAUUUGGCAACAAUUGCAAAAUCUACAACAAGAAAACGAAAAUCAAGUUUACUUGAAGAGAGAUUACAGCAAGAAAAUAAAGUCAGCGUUGGGAAUAAAACAAAAAAUGAACCAAAGUCAAUCACUUCAUCAUCAUCUCCAGCACAAUCCCCGCCCCAAACCAAUUCGAAAUCCACGAAAAGUCAAUCAGUUGAAAGUGCAAAGAGUAUGUCAAGUGAAAACCGUCCUACCAUCGAAAAGAGUAGCAAGUCCUGUGAACUUUCACCUACGAAAUGGGAAACGAACGAGAGGUUAAGAACUAUUGAACCAAAACCACUUGUGCAAUCACUGGAACAAGAAAUUAAUGAGCGGAAGGCAGAGUGUCAAUCAAUAAGUACAAGCAUUGGCAAUAAAUCAAAAUUAUCUGAUGCCUUAGAUAAGUUGUUCUGUAAACAGAAGGAAAAGGAACAACAACAACAACAACAACAACAACAACAACAACAACAACAACAACAGCAGCAGCAGCAGCAGUCAGACGAAGAACAACAAGAAAAAGAAGAACAAGAACAACAACAACAGAAAUCACUACAAAAAUUGGACAACCAAAUUAAGCGUUUAUCGCAUAGUUUAGAAGUUAAUAAGAGCACUGUUGACAUGGACAUUGAACCAAAAGUAUCAAUUGUUCAAGAUGAGAUUAUUGAAAUAGUGAAAGAAACUAAAAAUGAAUGCCCAGUUCAAAAUGAGACGCAAAAUCAAAACUUAGUUAAACUAGAUAAACUAACUCAAUCAGAUCAAGCGAACGAAUGUGAUCAAGUUGAGCAACAGCUACAACCAAGUGCUACAAACAAGUACGAACAAGAGCAAUUUGUAAAUAACAUGCCAAAGCCACCAACACCAAAAUCCUCGUUGAUCUUUUCUCCACCUCCAACCAGUCUUACAAUCGACAAGCGUGAAGCCUCUAUAUUUGACUUUGCUGACAAUUUUACAAUACCAAACGAUUCAGCUGUAUCUUUACUUUCAUUCAAUUCUGAUAAUUUGUUCAAGGAAGACAGUGCCAAAGAAACUAUGGAUUUAGUCGCAAAUUUACGGCAAAAUAUAAAGAAGGGAGGCAAAGGUGAUGAAUGUUGCAAGGCAAAGCCACAAUGCAUAAGUCAUGUGCAAUCGAUCGAACCAGAAAUUCCACACGAUAGUUGCACAACUACUAAUAAUGAUCCUAAUCGUUCUAUUGGUAUAAAAGCAAAAUCAAUGGCACAACCAACAAUAGUUAUUGAUUUGGACCAAGAGAACAGUAGCGAUGAAAGAAAAUUACCAUCAUCAAAUGUAUCGACUAUUGAAACAUCAAAACCAUCAACGAUUGAUAGCAAUAUAAUUCAACAAACCUCUACACAACCAAUAGAAAAGGACCAACAUGAAAAUAAAAGCGCAAGUACCAAUACAGUAACAUCGCCUUUACAGCUGCAAACUGAAGUUGAACAAAUUGCUAGUAAAAUGCUCAAUGUUCUUCCGUCGCCUGCUGAUAUUCUUAUGGAAAGUGAAAUGAAUGAAUCGCAAAGCAUCAAUACGUUUCAUAUGCAGCCAUAUACAAGAUGUAGUACACUCAAUGGGAACAAAGAGACAUUUAAUCAUUCUCUACAAAUACAUCAUGGAAAAACUCAGCUAAAUGUAAAGAACGAUGAAGUUACCAUUCGACACCGAAGUGAACUGAUGGGAGAUAUCGAUGAAAAUGAAGGUUAUAUGAGAAAUAAAUGGUCGGAACAAGAAAUGAUUCAGACAAGGCGAUCAGUUUCAUCAUCUCCCAGCUCUGAAUCAGAGAAUAAUGAUGUGCAAGAGGAAAAUAAACAAGAACAAGAACUGAAAGCACAACCCCAUAAAGUGAAUGAUGCAAAUCUUCAAUCUUCAAAUGAGCUAGGAAUGCCAAAUACUAUUGCAUUCCGUGCCAACGAACUUGUUAUCAAUGAAAACAUUCAAGAUAUGUUGUCAUUUUCAUCGCAACCGCACCCAACUGGACAUCAAUUUAACAUUCCCAAUGAAAAUGGCCCCGUUUCAUUAUUUCCAUCAUCUGGUGGUAGCCUUAAUACACAAAUACCAUUCCCAUCACCUGGAGCUGCCAUGUUUCCUCCAACAUUUGUUAAUGCAUUCACAUCUGCGGCAACUUCACAACCAACAUCAAAAAAUAUGGAAACACUAACUCCAAAUUCAGCAAUAAAUACUUCAAUGAACUAUCCUUCAAAUCUUUGUGCCGCUUUUACGUCAUCUUCACGCAAUAUAGCUAUAACAACUUCUAUGAUUGCACCAUCGCCCGUUCAAUCAGAUGCAUCAUCUGUUGUUCCGCCAAAAGGUAAUGAUCUGAAAUCAAUUUCACAAUCAUCAAUACUGGCAUCACCGCCGCCACCACAGCCACAUACGUUAGGUAAUAACAACAAUAAUAUCAUCAGCAACAAACUCGAAUUAAAUCGCGUACCACCUGUUCAACCAGUUCUCUCACCUCAAACAUCAACAAGUGAAACACGUCAAUGUCAGAAACAAUCCUUGGGUCAAAGUCGAACACCACAAUCGCAAAUUUUGCCUGAUUCCGUUCAUUACAGUUUAGAAAAUAUGCCAAACGAUUUAACAUCUAAUAUGGACCGGAAUAUUUCUGGUGAACAGUCAUCAAAACGUCCUACACGUUUUAACACACAACUGGUUCAAACUACACUCAAGUCACCGAGUAAAUCACCAGGAAAAAGUCCAAGGCAAAUGGAAAUUGUUCGACGAAAAUCCGAAUCAUCGAGAGGUCGUUCGCGUGGUGCACGAAAUUCAACUGUUGGUCGUGGUAGUACUGCACGAAUUUCAUCAUCUACUACUAGAGGUCGUGGACGUGGUCGAGCUCCACUUGUGGUACCAAUGGCAAUACCAAAUACUUUAUUUGAUCUAAAUAAUCAUAUUGGAUCCGGAACAAUUCAUAAUAAACUACAGGGAACGGUGUAUGACCUAGACUUUGAUGAAGAUUUGAAAUGUAAUGAUAACGUCGAAAAUUUAAAAUCAAUGCGCGAAAGACGACGUUCCAUUGACUAUCGGCAUCAAUCUGAUUCGUUUCGGUCACGGGAUGCUAGUGAAUCGCCGAAAUUUUCAACUGCUUCAAAUAAUCAAAAAAAUGCUGGCGAAAAAUCGAUUCCAGCAUGGCGAGCAGAUGUUCGCGAUUUGAGACCUCCAUCGCCACAUGAUGUAAAUUCUGUGAUAUCAAUGCAAAAUACUCCGUCUAUGGUUCAUGCAGCACCACCCAUUCCUACGAUUGAACCAGUUAUGCCUGGCCCAGUUGAUAUGCGAACGUAUAAUUCUGGUUUCGAUGCUAGUAACAACGAUGUGUUCAAUAGUAGUAAUAUGUUAGGUGCCUUUGCAAGCGGUUUAGCUGACCAAACUUUACCUGAUAUUGACGAAGAGUUAGAAAAAGAUUUUCAAUCCGCCUUAAAAGCAAGCAAUACAAAAACAUCUACAAUUGCUGGACGUAAUGAUGAAACGAGAACUGGCGUUGUUGAGUUGAAUUUUGUACCAAAUGAAAAUGUGGCACGUUUUACAUCACAUGUAGUGGAUCCCAUCAUGAUUGAUCCGGUAAUGUCAUUAUCACUAGAUAACCAGUUGGAAGAAACUGAGCCACCAAAACAUUCAUUGAUAAAGCUUAAAAUAAAAGGACCCCAUGCAAGGCCUGAAAAUUACACAUCAACUGUUCUAACUUACCAACCUAAUACCACUAUAGAACAAACGAUCCAAGGUGCUCCGAAUAAUUCCAUUCGACGAAUGCGUAAAAAGGAACUAUUGCGUCAAUAUUGGACACAAGAAAAUAUGGAUGACACAAAUUGUACACAACAACAAGAUCAGGCACAAAAUUCUACAUCGGCAGCCACAAACAGCGGUCGUAGUGCAGGUAUUCCAAAAGCUGUUGACUCAAUGAGUUCGAUACCAACAAAAGAUGAUUAUAAAGACUAUACAGCUCUUGACAUUAAAAAGCGAAAGGUUCCAGCAAAUCGUGAACUUCGACAAUUAGAUGUUCCAUCAUAUGAAGAAAUGCCCGAGCGUCGACGAAGUGUAUGUUCAAAUGCAAGCAAUACAUCUUCCAGCAAUGCUGGCGAAAGCAGUAAAAGGAAAACAAGAACUAAGCAAGCAGUAAUGACUACACCCAAAUUAAAAAUAAAACUUGGUCCAGAUGUAUUUGAAGCAUCAGGUAUUAGUAGCAGCGGUGGUGGUGGUAAUGGUGGUAGUGCAAGACCCCCAAAAAAGCGUUUAUCGAACAUGACAAUACCUAGUUUUGAAGAGUUACGUAGAGAGAGCAUGAAUUACCGUAAACAAGUCAUUAGCCAAUUCAAUGAUACAGCAAAACCAAAGAAAAAAGACAAGUCCAAACGUGAAAAAGGAAAACAUAAAAAGAAGAAAGAAAAAGAAAAGGACAAGGAAAAGAAACCCAAAGUUGAAAUUGUAAGCAAUGACAUGAAUCCAUCGAAGUUAAUUAUCCGUUUUGCAAAGCGUAAAGCUGAAACAUCGAUUAAUAACGAUUCCGAUGAUGAGCCAUCGACAGCAGCAUCAACAACGGUAGCAUCGAGUAGCACGAAUUCAUCAGAACUGUCUACCGCGCCAAUUCGAUUAAAGUUAGCAAGAAGUUCACAAGGUUAUGUGAUGGCUGAGCCUACGGCAUCAAUAAGCAACACAAAACUUUCCACAACAAAAGACAACAACGAUCUGGCAAAAUGUCAAGUAGUGCUAACUGAUUUCACAAAGUUAUGUGAUGCAGAGAAGCAUGCUUACACUAAUUUGCAACUACAACCAAAUGGAAAUUUGGCAGAUCGUAAUUUAAAUAAUACAUCUAUAAAUACAAGUACCACGAAUCGGGAAGUAAAUCAGAUGGAUGACCAUUCGUCAAAUAACGAACAGGAUUCAAGCUUGCCAAUUAUUCCUCUAAAUUGUGAAGUUCGGUGAAUGAAAACAACUCGUUAUAUUCGGUCAACCGGAUAUUCAUAGCUGUGAAGACGAUGGUGCUGUUGUUGCUCACAUUGGAUGCAAAUAUUUUUGACAAAAUACAAUUGAUUUACUAUGGUUGGAACAUCCGAGAGAAACUUGAAUUCUUAAAUUGCAAGCAUAUGCGAAAACAAAAAGACAUUGCUUUGCAAAUAUAUAAAAUAUUCGAAAACAACGAGUGAGUUGAAAGUGAGUCGGACUUUAUUAAGUUGAAACGUCUUAAACUGGUGCUGGAAUUAUGUCGAAGUUAAAUCAAAAUCACAAGCGUGAUUUCGUCCUGCUUGAGGUCAAAUUAAUAAACUAAACUUAGUCAAUUUAAAUGUUGUUUGUAAAAAAAUCCAUUUUCAAACAAAGAUCAUUGUAAAAGAACAUUCAAAGUGAAAUCACCGCAAGCUGUUUAGAAUGCCCCGGAAAAGGAAUGGAUUGAAAUACAUGAAAAUUGAUGUAUAUUCUUGUUUGUUCCAAUUUAAUUUAAAUAUAAUGCAUAUUAAUACAAAAACAACUUCACCAACAAGAGCAUGGAAAGCAUGCUAUAAAAUUUAGGUGGUGCAAGUAUUGUUAAUAAAGGAACAUUAAUUAAAUUAAUAACACUGAUAUGUGUAACAAAUAUUCAUGUAAUUUAAAUAUUCAGUUAGAUAGCCGUAAAUCUGUUUAUAAAUAUUAAAAAAUAAUGAUAAGAAAGUAAAAAAAUUUAAUGUGUAUAUUUUUUAUCAUGUGUCGUGAGAAAAAGGACUGUAACAUCUGGAGAACAACAACACCUUUCAAUGCAAACUCUUAGGCUUCGUAUUUGUAGAGCAUAUAAAGAAGAAUCGCUUCUCCAGAUUGUGCUCUUCUUUUAAAGCGAUUUCAAUAAUUUAAAAACAAAAACAAAAUAAAAUAAUAUAAAUUACAAUCGCAUAA